AGUAAAGUAAUUCCGAUUGUAAUCCCGGUUUCGUAAAGUCCGAACGAUGAGAGACUCGGCGUAGGAGGGGGUCGGCUGACGAACGGAAGAAUCGGGUCGCCGUCAUCGUCGUCGAGGGAUGAUUCCGGGGGAUUAAUCGAGGGGUAGACGGUUCUCGGAAGAACUCGGUGUCGGUGAUGAAUGGGGAAGUAGGCCGUGAUACAUACAGGCGCGUCCAUAGGGGCGGCGAAGAGUGCGAAAUUCUCGUUGCGGGCGAGAAGGUCGCCGAGAAAAUGGGUUGAUUAAUUAUUCCCCGAAGCGCCGAUUAAAUUAGAGACUCGGGAGUUUGGUGAUGAAAUUCAUUAACCUAAAGUGACGCGGUAAAAUAUUUGGCAGAUAUUUCAAGAUGAUCUUGCGCUAAAGUCGGAGGGAAGGAGAUAAGAAAUAACGUCGGGGUCGGAAAUGCGCGGAUUUUGUAGGGACGCUUUUGAUGAACGAAGGUCAAGCGUUCGGUGCCGCACGGUGGAGCGUGACUGACGGGGAUUCCCGCCGACGACUGCUGAUGCCCGAAUAGAUCUAGAUAAUGGCCUUUCAUCUGGACGAUCUGCUGAAGGACGACAAGAAAGACGGGAACCUGAUACCCGACUUGAGCAAGGCGACGUGUAACUCUCACGAGGAGUACCGCCGACUCAAGGAACACUGCCCCGAGUUCAAGAUCAAACCGGAAAAGGUGAAAAGAGAGGACACGAAGGUUCGAGACAAGGAGUUCUCUUGGAGGGCCACCAAGAAGGAGCUCAAAGCCAGGGAAUGGGCGUACGGCGACCCGGUGCCGCCGGACAUGAGGGAGUUGGACCUGCAGGAAUUGCAGCAGGUCGCCAUCGACUGGCGAAUGUUGACGCCGAUCAGACCGAAGCUUCGUCAGGACGAGGAAAUGUUCUCGAGAUUGGUAGAGAUGGGCAAAUUGGAGGCGAAGACGAGGGCGAAGGAGCGACGUUCGCCGACGAGCCCCAUCAGACGGAGCAAGAAUCGCGCCGGCAUAAUCGAGAGCAGCGUGAAGACCUGCCGGGAAUGCGGCGAGGAAUACUGCUUCGGCGAAUUCUGCGGGGACGUUCUUUACGACUCCUUUGUGAGGGUGACGAUCACCAGUCAGCAGCCGAAGAUCAAAGUGUCCGCCGACACCGAGGCCAUAAUCGCGAACAUGGACCGCAAGAAGAAGCGGAAGAAGACGAGGAAGAAGAGGAUCAAGAGCAAGAGCAGGACGUCCAAGAAGUCCGCUCGGCUCCUGGUCAACGGCAAGGCGAGAAAAUCGAUGAGCGAACUCGAGACUAAGAGCGCCAAAGCGUCCAGGCCGCAAGACAGUGGGCAAAGUGAGAAACCGGCCAAGCAGUUCAAGAGGAAGUGCAGCAAAUACACGAAGAAAGGCGUCUUGCGAAAGUGAGUCGCGUGGAAACGAUGGAGCGAGUCGGGAAAACUCAUAAUAAUUACACACGCUGUAAGAAGCUCCGAAAAUGUAUACGACGUGUAAUUCGUUAUCUCGAUGUAUAAAAAGCGGCGAUUGCAAAAAAACAUAUUAAUAAUUUCUAUUAUAUGUAGAUUCGUUCGACGAAUUUUUUGAUUAAAUCGCACCAGCAAAGCGUAUGAAGUGGAAACUGAACGUAUGUAAUCAGAAAGUCAAAUUCGGCACGAAUAUUCGGAAUGUUUCGCUUAUAUAUACGAGAAUAAAUUCGGUAUUCUGAGUAAAUUCAAAUAGGAUUGUAUAUUAAUGCAUUCGUGUUUCGAGUGUUAUAAAAUGUAAAAAGCGAUGAAUUCGAAGGCGAGACAAACGAAGAGAACGGUCGACGAAUAAACGGGGGAGAACAAAUUCGCAAUCCUUUGCAUUUUAUUUCUUAAUUGUCCGUAUAUAUGUAUAU